CUGAAAGAAAGAAAAGUGCCUUGUGUUCUCAAACUUUCCUCACUCGUGUUGUAAACUUUCCUCCAUAUUUUAGAGAAUUCUUCAGAACAGACAUGGCCUCUGCCACACGUCAAAUGACUGAGGAAAAUUUUCUUUGUUCCAUCUGUCUGAGCAUGUUCACUAAACCCGUGUCCAUUCCCUGUGGCCACAACUUCUGUCUUCAGUGUAUCACAGACUACUGGAGCACUCUUGAUACUGUAUUCCAAUGUCCACUUUGCAAUGAGAAGUUUUACAACAAACCAAUGCUUCGAGUUAACGCUUUCAUUGCUGAGAUGGCAGCACAGUUCAAGACCUCUCCAUCUCAUAGUGACUCUGACCAAGCAGAAAAUGAAGAUGUGCUCUGCGCUCUCUGCACAGGGACAAAUAAGCUCCCAGCCCUCAAGUCCUGCUUGGUGUGCCUCAUGUCCUUCUGUCAAACACAUCUCCAUCGUCAUAUAAAUGUUGCAGCCUUGAAGAAACACAAGCUGAUCGACCCAGUUGCAAACCUGGAGAGCAGGAUGUGCAAGAAACACGAUGAACCUCUGGAGCUCUUUUGCAAGGAGGAUCAAAUGUUUCUGUGUAAAUCCUGUAAAGACAGUGAUCAUAAAACACAUAAGAUAGUGACUCUAGAGGAGGAGGCUCAAACGAGGAAAACCGAGCUGGGAUUAGAAAAAAAAGACACGAAUCAGCUGAUCCAGGAGCGUCAGAAGAAGAUUCUCGAAAUUCGACACUCGGUGGAGGCAAGCAGAAAUACUGCAAGUAAAGCACUGUCAUGCAGCAGGCAUGUGAUGACUGCUGUGGUGGACUACAUGAAGAGAAGCCAAGCUGAACUGACUGAGGUAAUUGAGACGAGGCAGAAAAAAAAUGAAACGGAAGCAGAAGACCUCAUUAAGGAACUGGAGGGAGAAAUUAUGCAAAUAAAGCAGAAAGAUCUGCAGCUUAAUGAUGUUUUACUCACCAAUGACUCCUUUAAAUUCCUUGAGAAUUUCCUUUCUCUUACCAUCAUUUCGCCCGAGGUGAAGGACUGGUCUGAUGUGAUUCCCAGCAGUGAGCAAUUUCCAACUGAGGCCGCCUUGGACCAACUGGAGGCAACAAUCACAAGAGAAAUAACCAUGCUGUGUGAUCCCAACUUUAAACAGAUGCAGCGGCAUGCUGUAGAUGUGACCCUGGAUCCUGACACAGCAAACCCCAGUCUCAACAUUUCUGAAGAUGGGAAGCAAGUCACACAUGUCAACCAAAAGAGGUCCGUCCCGAACAAACCAGAGAGGUUUGAUGAAGUCCUUAACGUCCUGGCCAAGGAAGGCUUCUCCUCAGGAAAAUGUUACUAUGAGGUCCAGGUAAAAGAAAAAACACAGUGGGAUCUAGGUGUUGCACACGAGUCCAUUAACAGGAAGGGUGAUAUAAGGCUGAGCCCGAAGAACGGAUACUGGACUAUCAGGCUGAGAAAAGGAAACGAGCUCACAGCCAACACAGGCCCUGCCAUUAACCUCGAAAGGAGGGAGAUGCUUCAAAAGAUCGGGGUGUUUGUGGAUUAUGAGGAGGGUCAGGUGUGCUUUUAUGAUGUGGAUGCCAGAGCCAGAAUCUUCUCCUUCACUGGAUGUCACUUCAAUGAGAAGCUCUUCCCGUUCUUCAGCCCCUGUGCUAAUGAUGGAGGUAAAAAUGCAGCUCCCUUGAUCAUCACUCCUGUCAAACACACCAGCUGAGAGUUCUGAGAGUUUGUGAAAGACAUGGGGGGGAGAGAGCUGGUGAGAAUCCCCAUGCAGCCACCAGGACUUCACACACACACACACACCACUGUAGGAUUAUGAUACAGCUAUAUAUUUCCAUGGUUUGAAAAAGAUUUGUAAGAGCUGGCCAUUAAUUUUAAUGCUUGCUACAAAGCUGCUUUUGCCUGCCAGUGUGGCCAUAGCUGCUGUAUUCACAAAUACUCCAAGGCAUUUGUUUAUUGUAGCUUGGACUUUUGUGAUACGAAGACUGUAUACUUAUGGUGUGAUGGAUGGCCUUGAUUGUUCUAGCAGGAUUAAAUAGCUAUUACUGUUUUCAGCAAAGACUCGCUUAAUCAGCACACAGGUAUAGUGACUGAAUAACAGCAUCAUGAAUCUAUUAAAAUACACUGAAGGAGUCCUAUUCUUCUAAUGUAGCUGCAGAUAAGAAUUAUUUUCUCCACAAAUUAAUUUUAUUUAAUUAAAAGGGAAAUUGCUGAAAGGAUCUGUCACAAAAUUGGAGCCUGACUGGCACAUAAUGCCACGUCCUCUAAUUAAAAUUAGACAAACUUGCUAGGUGCAGGCUUUCUACGUUCAAAUGCUGCAAAUCUGUUACAGAGAGAAUUAAGCAAACAUUUAUUAGCACAGUCAAUUAGGGUCUUAGUGUUUUCUUUUUUCUUUGUUUAGAGUUUUAUUUCUUUUAGUGAUGAUGCUAGUCUAUCGAGUAUGUGUCUUCUGUAUUAGCUUGUAUAAUUUAAUUCUUUAAUUUAGACAUUAAAUGUCUGAUGAGAUAUGGGAGACAGAUGGAAAGAGUUCAUCAAAACUUUAAUUAUUAAAAUGCCAGAGCUGUGACACUGGGCAGGAGGAAACCCUUGUACUGUCAGUAUUAAUUGAUGACUAUCAAUUAAAAAAAUAUAUGUUAUUUUUCCUUUAGGUUUUAAACAUUUUGUAUUAUUUACAUGAAAAUUCUCAAGUGUUUUUGGGACUAAAACUAUGAUAGAAAGUUAAUCCACAGCUAAUUUUUAAAGCUAUAUUUGGGGUUAUUAUAUUUUAUUUUCAGACUGUUAGUUGAAUGAAAAAGUAAU